GGGUAGCAAAUAAAGCCGCUGGGCCGCAGCAGUUUGCUUCCAGCCGCAGCACUGGGCUCCUCUUGGCACUCGGAGCAGCUGCUCAAAUGCCCCAGAGUGGCCAUGAGCGCCCCGCACUGGUGGGACCAGCUGCGCGCUGGCAGCUCCGAGGUGGACUGGUGCGAGGACAACUACACCAUCGUGCCUGCAAUCGCCGAGUUCUACAACACGAUCAGCAACUUCUUGUUUUUCGUUUUGCCACCCAUCUGCAUGUGCUUGUUCCGCCAGUAUGCAACGUGCUUCAACAGUGGCAUCUACUUAAUAUGGACCCUUUUAGUUGUCGUGGGAAUAGGAUCUGUCUACUUCCACGCAACCCUUAGUUUCCUGGGUCAGAUGCUCGAUGAACUUGCAAUCCUUUGGGUUCUGAUGUGCGCACUGGCCAUGUGGUUUCCCAGAAGGUAUCUACCAAAGAUUUUUCGAAAUGACAGGGGCCGGUUCAAGGUGGUGGUCUGUGUGCUGUCAGCCGUGACAACGUGCCUAGCCUUUGUGAAGCCUGCGAUUAACAACAUCUCUCUGAUGACCCUGGGGGUUCCUUGCACCGUACUGCUCAUUGCAGAGCUAAAGAGGUGUGACAACGUGCGUGUAUUUAAGCUGGGCCUCUUCUCAGGCCUCUGGUGGACCCUCGCUCUCUUCUGCUGGAUCAGUGACCGAGCCUUUUGUGAGCUGUUGUCAUCCUUCCACUUUCCCUACCUGCACUGUGUGUGGCACAUCCUCAUCUGCCUGGCCUCCUACCUGGGCUGCGUGUGCUUUGCCUACUUUGAUGCUGCCUCUGAGAUCCCCGAGCAAGGCCCCGUCAUCAAGUUCUGGCCCAGUGAGAAAUGGGCCUUCAUCGGGGUCCCCUACGUGUCCCUCCUGUGCGCCAACAAGAAAUCACCAGUGAAGAUCACGUGAUGGCAGGGCGGAGCUGGUUCUCUGCUUCUUUUCCCUCCUGCACUGGGCUUUCUUUGCUAGCAGCCACAGUUGGGAGGUUGCAGAGUUGGGGGGUGGGGUUGGGGUCUGUCUUUUAAAAAUGCUGUUCCCUUGGGCUCUAAUUAGUGUAUGUGUGGACUGCCAGGACUCUGCUGUGUGUGAGAGCUGAGGUUCCUUCCCUUUCCCAGAAACUGGAUGUGCAAGGCUGAGGGGUACUGGUGUUUCUCGGUGUCACUCCCAGAAGCAGUAGCUUGUUGGGUGUCUCCUUUGGGACGAUACAGGACACAGUCCCAUGGGGAAUUCUGUGGUGCAUAAUGCCUCACUUCCUGGGGAGUUUGUCUGCUCCAGAUCCUACCAUUUCCACUCACUCUUGGAGGGGGACCCCUGUGGACAGAUACUACAUCAGAUAAGACCCUCGGAAGGACUGUCUGAUGGUAGAGGCCUGUUAUUUUGCUUUGGAUGAAACUCUCCUAAAACAAAAGCAAGCAAAUGAAGACACCCCCACCCCACCCCGGGCUUGUGGCUGAGGAGGAGGCUCUCCACUGCCUGGUCUUGGCCCCUUCGGUCUCACCUGUCUUACGUGCGUCUGUGAAGCAGUUCCCUGCUACCUCUGCCCAGAGAUGGAGACUUGCUUCCAGGUGAGGGCGAGACCAGUGAGAAAAGCCUCUAUGGCAGACACACUCCACUUAAGCCAUUCAUGAACAUGAGCCCAGCUUUUAAAUGUCACCUGCCCACCAGCCCAGCCCAGCAGCUAUAGACACACAGAGAAAAACCUCUAUGCUGGGAGCGCCCCAUCCAGAACCCCACUCUACUGCUGGGGCUCUGUGAGUUUGCCAAGGGGCGUGUUCCAUGUGUGCUGUGGAUCUGGGCUCAAAAUUUGGAGCAAGCAUGAAGUUUUUCCUCAUUGAAAAGCCUCCUCAUACUCUCUGCUCCUGGAAAUCAUCCUCAAGAAUCUCCCCUCUUCUUUCUCUGGAAUUUACCCUGGGAGGGCCACCUCACAGUAUGAGGGGCCUCCUGUGAUUUCUGUGAGCAUUGAACUACUGGCUUUUCUCAAGUGCUGGCCAUCACCACUCCAGCUGUGACACUGGUUAUAACUAAUCUCCCCUUUGCUGGGCUGAAUGGAAGACUCUAAAUGGUCUUUAAGGCGUGAGGGGGGAGCUGAUGAACUCAGGGAUACUCAUCGUAACUCAGGCAUCUCCUGCUUAGCGACACCUCCUGGUGGGAGUGGGCAGGACAGAUGGUUCCUCUGGAGCUGACAGGGGUCCUGCGUCCCUAAGAGCUGGGGACAGCAGCUCUUGGCCUGCCCAAGAGCUCUUACUCUGUUAAGUCUUGUUCCAGAUCCAAGGUGAAAAGUCCAAUAAGUAACUGCAUUUAGAGGUUAAACAUUUAUGACUUUAUUCUUCUGUGGUGUUAAAAUUAUUUAGUAGCAGAUACUGCUUGCAGUAAGAAAUUCUUAUGGGACCCUAAUCUUUGCAUUUUUUUUUUAAUUAUUAGUUUGCAUUUGUUUUCAGGUUUACUUAGAGAACACUUCCCUAAUAAUAGAUCAGACAGUGAAAAUGCAAAUUAACAAAUUGGUGGUUUCCAAUGAUUUUGAAUGAAUAUACUUGUUGCUAUCCUAUAGUUUAAAAUACUUUUAAGAAUAUUUCAUUUAGGUAUUUGUGAUCCCUCUAAUGUACCCCUUUGAGACUUUGGUGGUUCAUGCAACAACAUUUUAAAAUUGCUGUUAAUUCUUCUGGGUGUCAAGUCUAGAAUAUUUGAAAGGGGGAUGUCAGACUGUCCUCACUUCAGGUUGACUUACCAGGCAUGGAUUCUGGUCUCAUUCUUUCUGCUGUAUCAAUAUUUUCCCAGCUAGAGGUUUGAUAUAUUUUGAGCUCAGCGGGCUUAGCGUGGAUGUUUGGAUGAGAAGCAGAAUGCAGAAGUGGGUGGUGUAUGUGAGGCUUAAUUUCUGUCUUGAGGGUUCCUCUAAUGGGGGCAUUGUCCCAACAGUGAAGGAAGGACCGACUCUUUCUGUCAGGCAAGUGGGGAACAUUACCUACCCGCCCUCCCCCCCACCAUGGCUUUGACAUAACCUCCUGGGAGUCUCUUGAGUAUCCCUCCUUCAGAAAUGGGGAUAAAUGUGACUGUUGGAAAUGGACAAGUAAAUGCCCUGACUCACAGGCUAUUUCCACCCUCUACUGUGAAAAACACCACUGAGUCAGGAUGUCAGAAGGAACUUUUAGUAAGAAAAACCUGAUGUCCUUCUAGAGGCUGGUUUUAAUGAGAUGGGGAAGACACAACACUGCUCGCCUUUGGAACAGAAAUCAUUAUAGCUUGCCAGUGUGGGAUAGUAAAUCAAGAGGACAGGAACAUACCAAUCUUAUUUUAAAUUAGUUUUAUGGCAUCAUUUGUAUUUAUAUUUAUAAUGCUUUUAUUAGCACUACAUGCUCUUUAAGGAAAUUUGGGAAACUACAGAAAAAGUAAUGAAGAAGAGAAAAGUAAUAGGUAUUUCUAGGACCCAAAGACAAACAUUGCUAGUAUUUUGGUGUAUUUCCUUCUCAUCUUUUUGUUUCUCUAAUGUGGUUGUAAAUAGAUGUCUUCUAGAAAUGACAGUUUAUAGAGAUCACAGUUAUUUAGCUUGAAUGGAUUACAGAUGCUGGUUGUGUAUUUUUCAUGAGGAGUGGGUUUUGGAAUACACUCAAGUUAGCUACAUGUUUAUGCUAAUCACUGGAUUCUGACCUACUACUGAGUCUUAGUUUUUAAUUGAGCUGUAUGUGAAUGAACUCUAACAAAUCAGGAACUGAAUUCUACUUUUUGACUUGCUUCUGCACUUGGGAGUGCAGCAAUCAAUCCCAAGCAAUCAUGGGAGAUAGCUAUUAAAUUUGUGUCUCUAUCGGUUUUGAUGUUUUCAGAUUAAAAAAAAAGAAGAGGAGUUUGUUCCAUUAAUUCAUGUGCAAUCAUCACUCUUCCCUCCCUUUCUCCCCACCUCCAUCUUCCCAAAAGGCAAAGAAGUAGAGAUUUGACAUGUUGGAGUUAGAUGAUGGUGGUUACCUGGUUAUGAGAUUUUUUACCUGGUUAGAAUAUCCCAGUCACCAUACCCAGCGGGAACUGGAUUUAAGAUAUUGAAAAACAUUAAUGCUAUCAAGCGAUUAUUUAUGUCAGUGAUUCCGGUUUUAUAGUGUUUUCUUGAUUAUUGAUUUUUAGAAGGAAUUAUUAUAAUGCAAGCUCUCCAGUAAACACAUUGCAUGUUUGGGGGAGGGGAUACUGGAUUCUUUGGGAUGGAUUACAUUUUGGGGCAACUCUGAGCCAGUCCCUCUGAAGACUGCCUAAAACACAAAUUAUCAAAAGUCAAAGAUGUUUUCUUGGGGGACAAAACUUGAGUUUGUCCAAUACAGGCUUUGUGAAUAUACUGCCACCUGUUCUGUUUAUUGGAUUUCUCAGGUAUAUAAAAGCGUCUCUCUCCAAUUCUCCAUGCUUCCUCUGGCGGAGCUGCAGGACUGAGAUCUGAGCCUUUCCUGGCUCUUGUUCCCUCAGGGCUGACAUGGAACCAUCUCUGGGGACAGGUGAGGGCAGGGGCUUGCCCAACCAAGGCCCCUUCCCCCCAAAUGAACUCAGAACCUUUCCUAGCCAGCUCUUCGCUGGGCGCUGACAUUCCAGCUGGCCAAGGAGAAGACUCUGGCCAGCGAGGACUUUGUAGAUGUCAUUUUCCUACAGACUUUAAAAAAAUGGCCUCUACUCCAAGGGACUAUUUGAAUUCUAUCUUCCUUUAUAUGUUAAACCAGAUUUAAGGCUAUUUUAUAACCACAAUAUGUAAUCAGAGAAAACAUAGUAUUUCCAGAUAUAUGCUGUGUUUUAUGCCUUCUACAUUAUAUAGGGGUUUCAUAUAAGGGUGAUUGUAGUAGCAUUUAAUUUCCGUUGUUUUGGGAGUGAUUUAAGACAUUUUGAAAUGGAGCUUUUGCACUUUAUACUCUUUGUGAACUGACUGUGUUUGAUAUUAAAGCCAUAAGUGGCAUUUUC